UGGAUUUUGAAUCAGUCUAAAAAAAUCGAAGGAUGGUUAUGUUCUAUUAAUCUUGCCGAUUGGAGUAAAUUUGUUAAUUUGUUGAAUUAAAAUAUUUAAUUAAAAACUAAUUAUUAAUCUGAGCCGGAUUAUUCUAAAAAUGCGCAAGGAGACUUCAGUUUCUUGGUUCGUCACCCCAAGAGGACGAAUGUUUAUGAUGGGCACUGCAGGUUUUACAACAGUUGCAUUAUUUGGUUUGCAAUUUGUUCCACAUACUGUGGGAUUAAAUAAAUACUUUGAUAUUGUUACAAUGCGAAGAUUGGGAAACCCUAUACCGUUAACAUCAAACCUCGAGAAACUAUGGAACCAAGUAUUAAGCGACAUAAAAAUAAGCGAUUACCACAGAGAACUUUUACGUCCAUUCAUGGUCUUCGGAUACGAUUCCUGGCACGCCGGGAGCCUGUACUCUCGCUUCGGAGCAUUGAUCGGAAUUCCAACGAACUUCGUCUACGAAAAAGUAUCUUCUAUAGACAAAGACAGUAUAGUCGUCAACGACGACCCAGUAGACUGGACUCGUAAAGAUGCUAAAGAGUUGCUGAAUGCUCUAAUCUUGUCGGACGAGGCCAAAAAGUAUGCGGUGGCCCGUGAAAUAAUGAUGGUCAACAAUAGGUUCAUUUACUACGAGGCAGCCGCUAACGGUAUUUUAUUCUUUGCGUGUUAUAAUACUGCUUCCAGAUGGAAUGAAACUAGGGGUCUCCUGGAAAAACCUUUUAGCAUUCGUGCCUUUUUUUACGUUUGCUUUGCUGCGUUCUACUGGGGAAUUUGGGCCAUGCAGAGAGAUGCUUUGACUCGGCACUACGAGUUUGCUGCUGACAAAAAAUUGUCUGAACUCGGUCCAGAGUACGUUAGAGGUGGACUUGAAUUUUAUGAUAAGACUUUGCAGCGCAAUACUGCUUUGAGGAGUUUGCUCGGUGAGAGAGGCAACAAACUCUACACCGCCAUGGGUAACGACCACUCAUUUUUCCGUCAAAAACACCUGCCUUACACUCAGAGAAAAUAUUUCUUCGAAGAUAUUGUUAAGCAAUUCCACAGUACUGCUGAUAAACUUUAAAUUCAUUUUAUUUUUAUAAAAAUCUGUAAAUAAUUUAUUAGAGCUUGAGAUUUUAAGUAAUCAAUGAAAAGUAUAUAUAUUAAUAUUUGUAUUUCAUGAUAAUUAAAAUUACAAAAAAAUCUACAAUUA